CUUGAUGGCUACACUAUAGCAGAUGGUGCCUACGGAAACCCUCCACCUGAUUUACGAGAAAACCGUGACCAUGGCGCUGCCGGAAUACAAGGAGAAGUUCCUCAAGGAUUGCGUUUCUGCCGGUGCGCUCAAGUUCGGCACAUUCACUCUGAAGUCCAAGCGCGUAUCCCCGUACUUCUUCAAUGCGGGACUGUUCCACCGCGCCGACCUGCUGCGCUCGAUAUCCUCUGCCUAUGCACACACACUAAAGGCACAUGGAGACGCAAACCCCGGUUUUGAGUGGGAUGUACUCUUCGGCCCUGCGUACAAGGGCAUUCCUUUGGCCGCGGCCACUGUCGACAAACUCGCCGACCUGGACAGUGAGAAGUACGGAAAGAAGAGCUACAGCUUCAACCGAAAGGAGGCGAAGGAUCACGGUGAAGGAGGUAACAUUGUCGGUGCUUCUUUGAAGGGACAGAAGGUUGUCAUUGUCGACGAUGUGAUCACGGCCGGAACUGCCAUCAGAGAAGCCAUUGAGAUUAUCAAGAAGGAGGGUGGAGAACUUGUGGGCAUUAUUGUAGCCUUCGACAGACUGGAGAAGACGCCUAGUGCUACGGACGACGAUGAUACGCCCAGGCCGAGCGCCAUCGGAGAAGUCAGGAGGCAAUAUGGCAUCCCGGUGUUGGCCAUCUUGACGCUGGAUGAUGUUGUGGAAUACCUCCGGGGCUUGGGAAGCGCAGAUGAUUUGAAGAGGCUCGACGAGUACCGGGCAAAAUAUAAAGCAAGCGACUAGUAGAGGUAUGGGGCGAUCUUUAGACGAAGGCAUGGAUUUGCGACGAGAUUAAGACAAAAGUCAAAUACGAGGAGGAUUUUGGUCGAUGCACGCCCCGGUUGUGGUUGGAUUUCGAAAUAAACUGCAGAGGCGGGGACAUUGUGGCAUCUGGAUGCUCAUAAGAAAUGGUUAGACAAACUGCACUGAUUCUUCAAAGACAGAGCCCAUGGACAGCUCAACGCAAUAGAAAAAUUCGAUGAAAACAAACAAGAUCGUUGGCAAGACCACUUUGGAGACGAACUCACCAAUCACCAACAGCAACCUCAAGCAAUCCAUCCGCCCCAAGUCUGUCCUAAGCUA